UCGAAGCAAUGAUCGAGCAUGACUUCAGCCACCCUAAUGCACAUCUUGUCUGCUCCUGGCUCUUGGCUCUUUCUUGUGCUCCCGAAAGGGUGGAGUAAUCGCUUUGCUGUCACCAGAAGGAUUCGAUACAGCAUUCGACCAAUGCGGUGCAGCGUGCGCAGUAGUUCCUCCCGAAGUGCAGCCAGCAGAGUAAUCUAUGUAAAGCGGCGCGUGUAACUAGUCGUGUCUUUGCACGUCCUCUCCAGUCUAGCAACACCUCUCGAAUGCCAAGUGAGCCAGACACGACAUUGACCGUUUGACCGAUCAAUACAACACUCGUACUGCUCACUCGCAGCGACAUUUCCAGUCGAUAAAAUGGCAGACAUUCCGGCCGAGAAACAGAAUGCGCCUGCUCCUCCGUACCAGUCGCAGGAGCAGCAGCACACCCCGCCUUCCAUGGGUCAUCAAACGACAGAUACCAUCAACAGAGGCAGUGCGGUGUCUCCCGGUCCUCAAAUGGCCAUGACACCCAACGCGGCACCCUCUCAACAGCCUGAGAUGACACAGCUGAAUUUGCUCCGAGAACAACCCGAGCACAUAUAUUGUCCUCGGGUAGGCAGAGUCUGCCUCACCAAGUCCGAGAGCAAGGACUCCGAGAAGACGUGGUUUGCAGUCAUCGGUAUUUGUCUUAUCUGUCCCUGUGUUGCGUGUAUUCCACUGAAGGGCUGCUGUGGUGACGGGAUGCUGCAGGACUGGGACCAUUAUUGCACUGGCUGCGGAAAGCAGCUCACGCAUCGUCCAUACAACAGAGAAGCUCAGAUUUUAGCACCCGAUCAUGCUGCGGUCAACUCAGGAAGUUUCCCUCAGAUGCAAUAUCAGUCACCCGUAUCAUCUCAGCCGCAGUAUGCACAACAGCAGCAUUAGGAACAGCAAGCACAUCCAGACAAUUGUGGCCGACACGAUGAGAAGUCUGGAGUGUGGGUUCCAGUGGUUUGAGGUGAAAGUUGAGGCGAUACAGCUCGAAUGAUGGCGAAUGCGACUGAUGGCGAUUGAUGUGGAAGGGCGUUCAAUGCAAUCAUUAUCAAUCGAUACUCAUCAAUAAAGACCUGUUGUGGAACACAGUACCACACCAAUCCAGCAACAAGCUACUCGGGCUCAACCUAAAGCUAGCCUAGCCACGCGAAUUAGAACGAACGAACAAUAUUACACUUU